CUCGCUUUUUCCCGUUUAAAUCCUUACGUGGCAAUCUCGCCGAAGCUAGCUAGGAAGUUUACAAAAUAUCCUCAAUAAUUUGUGCUUGUUCUGAGCCUCCUGCUGCGAUACAUGUGCAAUUUUAGGGGAUAUUUGAAAUCGCUGGUACACAGAGAAUCUACAAUUGUCACGUAACGCUAGCUAAAAUCUAAGCAUGUUCACUGCUUCAGAGAUCGUUGUUCUUCUUUGGUUCAUGUCUGCCACAGCGUCCGGCUACUUCGUUAGUAUAGACGCUCAUGCAGAUGAGUGCUUCCAUGAGCGGGUUAACUCGGGAACCAAGAUGGGCCUAAUGUUUGAAGUUGCUGAGGGGGGCUUUUUGGACAUUGACGUUGAGAUAACAGGACCUGAUGGCAAGCAGAUUUACAAAGGAGAUCGAGAGUCCAGUGGAAAGUACUCCGUGGCAGCUCACAUGGAUGGGACCUACAAGUUCUGCUUCAGCAACAAGAUGUCCACCAUGACACCCAAGAUCGUCAUGUUCACCAUCGACAUCGGAGAGGCACCGAAGGGACAGGACAUGGAGACGGAAGCUCACCAGAACAAGCUGGAGGAGAUGAUCAACGAGCUGGCUGUUGCCAUGACGGCCGUCAAGCAUGAACAGGAGUACAUGGAGGUCCGGGAAAGGAUACACAGAGCCAUCAAUGACAACACGAACAGCAGGGUGGUUCUCUGGUCGUUCUUCGAAGCCCUGGUUCUGGUGGCCAUGACUCUGGGACAGAUCUACUACCUGAAGAGGUUUUUCGAAGUGCGCCGAGUUGUGUAACACCUCAAACCUUCCCCCUGUGACUUCCUGUUGCACUGUUAUUUCAGCACAGAGACAGUGAAACAGUCACUCCUUGGAAAUGAGACUCUUGGCAGAUUUCAUUAAGUCUGAGUACAAAUUGGAUCCCUAUUAUUAAAAUAAUAAUGUUUUACCCUGUUACCCCUUUUGUUAUUUCCAUCUUCAUGUGCUUGUUACUGUUGUAUCUGUUUUGGACUCUAGACCUUUCAAAGAUCAUAGGGUUGAUGAUGUCAAGUUUGAUUUAUUGUCUCAUCACUGCGUAAGCAAAUUAUUUGUUAUGGAUUACUCCACCCAGCUUGGUCAACAGCAACUACUAGCCAGGGAGGUUGUCUGCCUAGAGUCAGUGGCUCUACUAGCCAGGGCAGUUGUCUGUCUGUCUCUAGUCAGUGAAUGGGAUGUAUAAAGUAACAAAACUGGGACCGGCAUUUGAGAGAUGCACACUGAUGUUUAUGCAACAGUGUCCCUUAUUUGACCCAUUUCUUUGGACCCCUUUGCAAUCGAUAUGACCAACUAGUUAAUAUAAAGUAUGCAUCAGCUCAAGGUGAGACACUUGGGGCUUGUUCAUGAGAGUGAAAUAUCACAGAACGUUCAUGUAGAAAUGUAUUGUGCAGAAGCGACAUGCUUUUCUGUAAUGUAGAAUAAAGAAUUGUGUUCACUCUAUAGAUCAUAUUUCUAUCUGCAACUUUCUGAACAUUGCAUCCUGCUAAAUAUCCCUGAAUAUCUGAAGGAGUUGUGUUGUCUGGGAAGCAGAUGUUUUUGCUCUUGUUGCUUUUGAGUCAUAGACCCAUGACAUAUAAUCCUUCUGAAUGUGUACACGGGCAGUGCAGGGAAAACCUGUAUACUCCCAUUUUACCACAGAUGGUUUAUAGUAGGUCAGUGAACUCAAACCUGGCCCUGGGGAUCCACUGGGUGUGCAGGGUUUUAUCUAGCUCAUCACUCACACCUGUUGCAACUAAUCAAUUAUUAAUUUAACCCUGGAUUAUAUGAUUCAGGUGUGUUAGAGCUGGGCUGGCAAAGCCCCGGACCCCUGUAUUUGCCUAGAAUCAGGAAUGAAGAACACUGUAAUAGAUUAUAUUGAAUGUGGGCAGGGGGCUGAAACUAUAUUAUGAUUGUCGAGGUGAGGUAGUUACUUCAACAUUUUGUUGUGGGGACUGGUUGUAAUUUGAGGUGGGGAAGGUUGGGGGCUCUACUUUAUGUGGCAGUAAGCUGUUUUUUUUCUUCUGCAGCAUAUUCAGUGUGGUGCAACAUUCAGAACAUUGGUAUGUCGAUGUAUAAGAAUGGACAUGACUAGAGGAUUAAUUGUAGGCCUAUCCUGUCUAUAAUCUAUUUGAAACACCAUAAAUGUUGUGUCUUACUGAAUAUGCCUUAGUUUUGUACUUUACAUGUUCUGAUAAGCUCAGCUAUAACUGUCAUGUGAGACUGGAGUGACUACUGAGGAGAAAUUAGGUCAAGUCACUCCUGAACGUCAUUAAUGAAGUUCUGCAGCAUGUAAAGAAAUAUGAUUGUCUGUGGAUCCAGGUUUAAUAAAACAAAUACAAUAUUCUUUAAAAA